AUGGAACAGAGGCAAUCCCAAGAGGCCUCAACAUCCUCGUUCCCCACCAGCCCCGAAGAAUUCGAUGCCGACGAUCGAAUCUCCUUCUCGAAGCUCGACAACAAAUUCCUACUCGUCCAGGAAGACGGCACCGAAUUCGAGUUCGACGACGCGCUGAAGAGAUGGAUCCCCUUAUUAGACGAAGCCCUAUUAGAAGAACAACAGAAAGCCUACAGAGUAUCAGGUGUUGACGAGGAUGAACCCGUCGAAGCGAUGCGCAAGAAGCGGAAGAAGGUGUAUAUAAAUGGCGAAGAUGAAGGUGGCCGCGCCACUAAAGCACCUAAGAAAUCCAAAGCUCCUCUUCCUCCACGACCAAAUACAGCAAUAUACGUAACCGGCCUUCCCUUCGACGCAACCGUUUCCGAAGUACAUGAAGUAUUCUCGCGCAAAUGCGGCGUCAUUGCCGAAGAGAUCGAUAGCGGAAAACCACGCAUAAAGCUCUACACCAACGAGAAAGGGGAAUUCAAAGGCGAUGCGCUCGUUGUAUUCUUCAAACCCGCUUCGGUGGAGUUAGCCAUCAUGUUGCUAGACGACACGGAGUUCAGGCUUGGGGCUGGCGGGGAAUCGAGCGGGAGGAUGAGAGUUCAGGCCGCGGAUUCGAGUUAUAAGAAGGUCCAACCUGAAGGAGCUACGACAACAGAGAAGGAAAAACCUAAGACGAGUAUGAGGGAUAAGCAGAAGAUUAUCCGGAAGACGCAGAAGCUAGAUGCGCGGUUGGCGGAUUGGAGUGAUGAUGAGCCGUCGAGUCUUGUGGAUUCAGGUUCGAAAUGGGAUAAAGUCGUUAUCCUGAAGCAUAUGUUUACGCUUGAGGAGCUGGCUGAAGAUCCGGCUGCAAUAUUAGACAUUAAGGAGGAUAUUAGGGAGGAAUGCAGUAAACUGGGCGAUGUCACAAAUGUGAUUCUGUACGAUUUGGAACCGGAUGGAGUUGCUAGUGUUAGGUUUACGGAUGCCGAGGCGGCGAGGGCUUGUGUUGGUGUUAUGGAUGGGAGAGGUUUUGCGGGACAAAAUGUUGAGGCGUAUAUUUCGGAUGGGCCGCACCGUUUCAAGCAGUCAAAGAAGAAAGGCGAUGAUGACGUGGUUGCCGAUGUGCCGGAGCCUUCUGAAGUGUCAUGA